UAAAGGACGGCAGAGACUGAAGUUUCGAACUGGAGGAGGAAUACUGGGAUUCGACACCUGCUGGAAAUGUCUGGGUAAAAACCUGGCGAUGUGCUUAUAUAUAACUAUAGUUGGGGUUUACCGCUGCGGUCCUCUUCCACGAAAGCACGCGCCCUCGCCUGGCUUCUGACACCGCGCAGAGCAGAUCCCACCCUUACCACGGAGCGCCGAACUAAUAUGCAAUGUUAUUUUGUACUGAAAGCCCUCGCGUCGCACCGUGAUCAGGCCACAUACCCACCCCCGCGCGACAAAUGCGAUCGAAAAAGUGUAUUCGGGUUACGGACAAGCCGGGAAGGCGACGCCGCUGGUAACGAGUCGGAUGCGAACCCAAGCACCGUCCUGAACUGGCACGCAAUAUUUCUGCACUUGAAUGAAGACGCAGACGAGCCGGGGCAUCACGCGGCGUUUUCUAUGGUACAAGUCGCAUUCUCGUGCGGCAGAACUGAUCCAGCAGGGCUAUUAUGCAACCGCAAAGAGCCCUUCCCUAUGAGGGCGCCUAGGCUGCUGGACUGCUCUUCGCCCAAAUCAAUGUGGUUUCUUUGGAACAUUUUCAGCAAAGGAUCGCAUAUGCUGCAGUGUCUUUGUGGCAAGAGUCUUAAGAAAAACAAGAACCCAAGUGAUCCCCAGCUCAAGGGCAUUGUGACCAGGUUAUAUUGCAGGCAAGGCUACUACUUGCAGAUGAGCCCAGAUGGAUGUUUGGAUGGGACCAAAGAUGACAGCACUAACUCCUCAAUGUUCAACCUCAUCCCAGUGGGCCUUCGAAUUGUUGCUAUCCAGUCUGUGAAGACAGGAUUAUACAUUGCUAUGAAUGCAGAGGGCCAUCUGUACACAUCAGAACUUUUCACACCAGAAUGCAAGUUCAAAGAGUCGGUUUUUGAGAACUACUACGUCAUUUAUUCAUCCAUGCUCUACAGACAGCAGGGGUCAGGUCGGGCCUGGUUCCUGGGCCUAAAUAAAGAGGGACAGCCUAUGAAGGGGAACCGGGUAAAAAAGACAAAACCAGCUGCUCACUUUCUACCCAAGCCCAUAGAAGUUGCCAUGUAUCGUGAGCCCUCCUUGCAUGACGUUGGUGAAGCAGUCCCAAAGGCUGGAGUUCCUGCCAGUAAAAGCACAGAGCCAGUGGUCAUGAAUGGUGGCAAGCCUGUUAGCAAGCCUGAGAAGGAGACAUAGCCCUAUUUCCCUUCCCCUCCCCUUCUGAGGGACUCUCCACAUGUGCUACUUAAAAAAAAAAACACACACACACGUUUGUGUCUUUGGCUUGUGAAAGGAUUAAAGAAGAAAAGUCUCCCUCCUGUAGUGUUUAUUCACUGGAACAAAUUAAUAAAGGGGUGAUUGUGAUCAAAGGACAAGGGUUUAUUGCUCAAAAAGACUCAGACCGUAGAGGAGAUGGCUGAGGAGGGGGGACCACUGAAUGCUCAGCAUUAAGAAACUGUCAUUGGAAUGUCCUAUGUGAUAUGGUACCAUAUGUCUUUUCAGUCCCUUUUCAAGUCCCUUUUCUUUCAGUUCUACCUUUUUUCUGUGAUAAUCCUCUGUGAAAAUGCCAUAUUUUCAUCUGCCUUGUCUGUUAGUUUUGCCUGCUGACAGCUAUCCACAGUUUUUUAGUUGGACCAUUCAUGUUAUUGUGGUUUUGCAGAAUACCACAGUGCACCAGCAUUUGUCUUGAUUGAUAGCCAUACAGAUGUAAAUUAAAUCUGUUAUUUUUGCUGUCUUUUUUU